AUGAACAAGACACAGCUCACGAAGAAAGAGAAGCUUCGCUUUGCCAGAGAGACUGCGGAAGGGAUCGCCUAUGCUCACAGAAAGAAUGUGAUUGUUUGCGACAUCAACGUCCGAAACAUCCUUCUUGAUCCUGAGCUGCAUGUCAAGCUCUGUGACUUUCAGGGCCGGCUGCUAGGCCCUAACGGGGAGAUUCUGUGCGACGGAGGAGCAUCUGAAAACGCAGAGUCAUUCAUGCCACGAGACAGCCCGGAUUUCGCAGAUACAAGGACGGACAUAUUUGCUCUUGGGUCUACCAUAUACCACAUCUUGAAAGGCCACCGGCCUUUUCCGGAACUCCACACUAUCGAUGAUGAGGCGGAGUUCAAGCGCCGUUAUGAAGAAAGACUUUUCCCUCCGUUGGCAGCAGACUGGGGCGGCGCAAUUGUGUGGAAGUGCUGGGAAGGACGAUACGAUUCUGCAGAAGAAGUGUUCAAGGAUCUUCUCUCUUUGGAAAGUUGA